AUGCAAAGAGUGUGUGCUUCCAUCACCAGAUCCAAGUUCCCACUCCGUCUUUUCUCCACAACUACUGCCAAAAUGUCGUCGUGUCCCUACAAGCAACCCGCUCACAAGUUGACCAUGAUCCCCGGUCCCAUUGAGUUCUCCGACGAAGUGUUGUACGCCAUGCUGACUCCGUCGCAGGCCCACACUUCGCCCGAAUUCAUUGAAACCUUCCAGACUUCGUUGAAGAACUUGAGAAAGGUGUUCAAGCUGACCGACCCCGAAGCUCAACCCUACGUGUUGGCCGGUUCCGGUACUCUUGGCUGGGACGUUGCCGCCUCCAACUUGGUUUCUCCUGGUGAAAAGGUGUUGGUGCUCUCCACUGGGUUCUUCUCCGACAACUUUGCCGAAUGUCUCAGAGUGCACGGGGCUGACGUCGACGUCGUCACCGCCGACCUCGGUGACGUCGUCCCCAUUGACACCAUCAAGCAAGCGUUGUCGAAGACCAAGUACGCUGCCAUCACCAUCACCCAAGUCGACACCUCCACCGCCGUGCUUUCGGACGUCGAAGCCAUCUCUAAGGCCGUCAAGGAAGUGUCUCCUGAAACUUUGAUCAUCGUCGAUGGCGUGUGCUCGAUCGCCUCGGAAGUGUUGGACUUUGACAAGUGGGGGGUUGACUUUGCCUUGACUGCCUCGCAAAAGGCCAUUGGCGUCCCCGCCGGUCUCUCGAUCUUCUUCGCCUCGGGCAGAGCCCAAAAGAAGGCCGAGGCGAGAAAGCAAACCACCUGGUUCGCCUCGAUGAAGAAGUGGGCCCCCAUCAUGCAAGCCUACGAACUGGGUAAAGGUGCCUACUUCGCCACCCCCGCCGUGCAAACCGUCACCGCGUUGAAGGUUGGUUUGGACCAAAUCUUGGCCCAAGGCGUCGACGAAAGAAUCAAGGCUAACGCCGUCGCCCUGGACAAGUUCAAGGACGCCAUGGAAGGCUUGGGUCUCAAGUUGGUUGCCAAGAACAGAGACGUCGCCGCCCACGGGUUGUCGGCUGUCUACUGGCCUGAAGGUACCGACGGUGCUGCUUUCUUGGGCUCGUUGGCCAAGAAGGGCUUCGUCGUCGCUGGUGGUAUCCACAAGCAAAUCGUCGGCACCUACUUCAGAGUCGGCCACAUGGGCUACUCCGUCACUCAAGACCACGUGCAAAGAUUGACUGAAGCCAUCAAGGAAACCUUGAACGAAUUGAAGAAGUAA